CAGGGCCAAGCACCAUAUACGAACAGUAUCAAGGCUGUGGAAGAAGAUAUACAAGCAAUAAUCAAGCGAGUGAAUGAACUAACAGGCAUCAAGGAAUCUGAUACUGGUUUAGCUCCACCAGCUCUAUGGGACCUCCCAGCUGAUAAGCAAACCCUGCAGAAUGAGCAACCGUUGCAGGUUGCACGUUGUACUAAAAUUAUUAACGCAAACUCAGAUGAUCCAAAGUACAUCAUAAAUGUGAAACAGUUCGCAAAAUUUGUCGUCGAUUUGGCUGACACCGUAGCUCCUACUGACAUCGAAGAGGGCAUGAGGGUAGGAGUGGAUCGCAACAAGUAUCAAAUUCAUAUACCGCUGCCACCGAAGAUAGAUCCGACUGUUACGAUGAUGCAGGUCGAAGAGAAGCCCGAUGUCACUUACAGUGACGUUGGUGGUUGUAAAGAACAGAUUGAGAAACUGAGAGAAGUGGUCGAAACACCUCUGCUACAUCCAGAGAAGUUCGUCAAUCUGGGAAUCGAGCCACCUAAAGGAGUGCUGUUGUUCGGCCCGCCUGGUACAGGGAAAACCUUGUGCGCCAGAGCCGUGGCCAACAGGACAGACGCUUGCUUCAUUCGUGUAAUUGGUUCUGAACUCGUUCAAAAAUACGUCGGCGAGGGCGCCCGUAUGGUGAGAGAAUUGUUCGAAAUGGCACGCAGCAAGAAAGCUUGUCUGAUAUUCUUCGACGAGAUCGAUGCAAUUGGCGGUGCGCGAUUCGACGAUGGAGCCGGUGGUGACAACGAGGUGCAACGUACUAUGUUAGAACUUAUCAAUCAAUUGGACGGUUUCGACCCUCGAGGCAACAUCAAGGUACUCAUGGCAACGAACAGGCCGGAUACGUUGGACCCAGCGUUGAUGCGGCCGGGACGACUUGACAGGAAAGUCGAAUUCGGACUUCCGGACUUGGAAGGAAGGACGCAUAUAUUUAAAAUUCAUGCCCGUUCGAUGAGCGUCGAGAGGGACAUCAGAUUCGAGUUGCUCGCCCGGUUGUGCCCGAACAGCACCGGCGCCGAGAUCCGUUCAGUUUGCACGGAAGCGGGGAUGUUCGCGAUCCGCGCUCGCCGCAAGGUAGCCACGGAAAAAGAUUUCCUCGAGGCUGUCAACAAAGUGAUCAAGUCGUACGCGAAAUUCUCCGCCACUCCUAAGUACAUGACGUAUAAUUAAAUUCAUCGUCAUUAACGAAUUCUGUACAUGAUUAUUUUUAAAUUCGAAAAUCAGAAUCUGCACUGAAAUUCGUUUGCUAUAGUACUACUGCGGCGUUAUAUAGCUUGCGUAGUUUUGCAAGCUGCAUUCUUUGCCUUUUUGCACAAUAAAACUUUCCCUGAAAAUCUA